GGCGGGAGGUAGCCUGGAGGGGCCGGAGCUUUGGGAGGAGGAUCUUGCGUCCCCUGGGAACGGGCGCGGCCGGGGAGGCGCUGCGAGUGCCCUGUUGCUAGGGCCCUGUUGCUAGGCCCUGUUGCUAGGGUCCUGUUGCUAGGGCCCCGUUGCUAGGCUCUGUUGCUAGGCCCUGUUGCUAGGGUCCUGUUGCUAGUGUUCUGUUGCUAGGGCCCUGUUGCUAGUCUCUGUUGCUAGGCCCUGUUUCUGGGCCCUGUUGAUAGGGCCCUUUUGUUAGGCCCUGUUGCUAGGCCCUGUUGCUAGGCAGCCUGCCGCCGCGGGCCUGGGCCUGCUGGAGUCCGGACCGGGCCCUUCCCGCCGUGUGUGGAGCGGAGUCGGGGCUCGGGGGCGCCCGCGACUCCCUUCCCGUCCGUCCCGCCGGGGAGCUGCCUCCAGCGGCUUGCUGGGUGCGGUGCGGCGUCCCCCAAGCACGAAGCUCCGGAGAACGGCAGGGCGCUGGUCCUGGGCCUUCGCAGGUCCGUCCACGGAAAGCAGCAGCUUCGGGAGAAUGAUGGACACACGGUCACUAUGAAGAUCAAUACGUGAACUUAAAUGGAUUUAGAGGUUAAAGGGAUUGCUGCUUCUCCUACAAGUCAAGCUCAGCCAUUCUCUGGAAGAAAGAAGCUGCUGCAACAAGGACAGACUUCCAAAUCAUGGGCAAUCCAGAAUCCUCGCCUACCAGUGGUUCCACCACUUGAUUUGCAAAGCCUCAUUGACUCUGAUGAGGAGGAUGAUUUUUCACACAUCCCGCUUAGUACCGCGCAUAUUCAUUUUAACCCACCAAAUUCAUCUUCUGCUGUUAGUUGCAUCACACCAUGUCAAGUAUCACGUACUCAGCUUAAUGAAAAUGAACCGGAGCAAGACAUAACACCUGAAAACUUGCCAGCACCAACAAGCAAAUAUAAACUAAAAUAUCAGCAAUAUGAAACCGAAAUGAAAGAGGGGUAUAAACAGUAUAGCCAGAGAAAUGCAGAAAAGACUAAAUCAAAUAUUAUGCAACAGUCUCCAAAAAACAAGAUAGAUGACAAGUGUGUGCAAGGUGAAGAAGCCAUCAUAGAUACUCUCACAACUCUGGAUAGGAAAGCCCUCUUGCAGCAGGGUUAUGCAGAAAUCCCUUAUAAUGCACAAAGGAGCACGAGAAGAUCUGAUGCUGAAAUUGUGGCUGCAGAGAGGAAGAAACAGACUGUUGCAGAGCAAGUGAUGACAGACCACUUAUCUAGGGCUGUAAUCAGUGAUCCAGAACAAAACCUAACCACUGCGAGGGAAGACGGUGCUCGUGUCUUUCCAGAUUCCAGGAUAGCACCUCUUCGAUUUAGGAAAAGAACACUGCAUGAAACUAAGAUAAGAACCCAUUCCACAUUAACUGAAAAUAUGCUUUCUCAUAAAGUACAGUUUGAUGGUAGGAUCAUAUCAAGAAAUGGACGUGAUGCUUGCAGAGAGCUGAUUGGAUUCUUUUUCAUUCAUGACCAGUCCCUAACAAUUUAUGAGUAUCGGCAAUUUGGGAAAAACAGGACAAACGUGCUUCCUUUUAUUCAAAAAAACAUUUAUAGUCAUCAGUGUGGACGAAGAAAAGGGAAGCAGUACCAACUCGGUGAUUUUUAUGUCGGUGGAAACUUGACAUUUUUGAGUUCUGAUCAUCCCAGACUUCCAGAAAGCAUAAAGGAAAACAAAUUACUUAUACUUCGAAUCACUAAUAUUGAUCAGAUAGCUCUGUAUUCUCUCAAAACUGAUUCUGUGGAACAUGAAGAUGAUAUAACCAGUCAAGAAGCCAAUGAUAGGCUUGUCCUAGAGGCCGUUCAAGAUGUGCUAAAGGAACAGCUACUCAAAAGGGGUGUUCGUAUUUUGACCGGAUUGGGAAAAUACCUUAAACAAUUGGACAAGGAAGGAACUGGACUUUUGGACAAGGCAGCUGUCAAGCGAGCUCUGCAAGAGUUUCACUUGCAAGUGUCUGAAGACAGCAUGAGUUGAGUCAGGGCAGACGAAGAGGAAGACAGAAGCAGACUCUGUGCUGAGCCCUGAACCCCAGACCCUGAACCCCACCCAGGGCUCGAUUGCACAACCCUGAGAUCAUGAACUGAGCCCAGAUCUCGAUUUGGAUGCUUCACCGACGGAGCCACCAGGGGCCCCCAUGUGUCUCUUUAUGCCUCAUAAUCAGUGUUAGCCUCCAGGCUACAAGUACUGUUAACUUUAAAAUUCCAAUAUUCAUUCCUCCCUCAUAUACCUACUAAGAACCUAGUACAUAGGCACUUCCCUAAGCUCUGAGAAGGCACACUCUGUCCUCUUAAGGUCUUUAUAAUCAAAGGAAAAGAAAGAUAGGAAGAAUUUAAACACCAUAUGUGCUAAAUAGAGAACCAGGCCAGGUUACUGGGAAGAGGAGGAUUCCCAGGGGAGGCUGUGGCUCAGCUGAGUUGUGAAAGAUGAGGAGGAGUUAAACAGACGAGACGGGAGGAGGAAUAUGGAUCACACAGUGAUGCUUCACAUGAAAGGAGAAGCACGUGUGAAGGCACGAAGGCGAGGGCAUGUGUUGCCUGUUCUAGGAAUUGCAGAACCUCAGCCUCACUCCCCCGGCCCCUGAGCUUCCACACAUCCCGUUCCUUACGCUGUGAGCAACCUCCGACUAGACCUUUGAGUGGCUGGAUUUCCCAUCCUGCAGGCUUUCCCUGGCUGGGGCUCUACAGUGAUGUGUCCAAUGCUGCACAUGAUCCCUGGUCCUCUCUAUACCAUUUGCCAUUUUAUUUUCUUCAUGCCACUUUGCAAGGGUUUUCUGGCUUUUCUGGCAAGUAGAGUGUAAGCUCCAUCAGGGCAGGGCCCAAGGUGCUCUGGCUUCCUGCUCUGUAUCUAACACCUCGGACGGAACCUAGCAUAGGGCAGGUGCUGAAUGAACAGCGUUAGUUUACGUGGGUGGAUGCAUGGGAUGGGGAAAGAGAAGACCCGGGGGAAGUAAGCCUGGCAGGGUCCGCUGCCCAGAAGCCUUGCGUGCUGUGCUAAGAAGGUUGGGCUGUAUUCUAAAAGCACAUUUGGAACACAUCUGCCUCAAGGAUUUCAGAUGAGAGAGUCUCUUGCUUCAAAUGGUCUUGUCACAAGACCUAGUGUAUUCUGUGGGAAGAACACUGGGAAUUGAACUUAGGAGAUGGAGAUUCAAGCUCUAGACCUACUACUUCAAGUGUGUGGUCUUGCAUAGGUCUUUUACCUUUUCUGAUUGCCAGGCUCUACGUGGGCAAUCCACAGAUGAUACCUGUGGCCAGAGUUACUUUGAACCUCAGAUGAGAAGAUGACGCAGGAAUGUACCUUUCCAGCUAAAAUCCUGUGCCUGUUUGAUGUGCUUAUCACUGUGACACACUGUUGUGUGUGUGUGUGUGUGUGUUUAUUUAUUAUGAGAGAGAGAGAGAGAGAGAGAGAGAGAGAGAACACAAGCAGGGAGAUGCAGAGCAGAGGGAGAAGCCGGCUCCCCACGGAGCAGGGGGCCAGGACCCCGGAUCAUGACCUGAGCCAGAGGCUCAACCGACGGAGCCACCUAGGCGCUCCUUCUUUUGUGUUUUUUACCAAAUUUAACUUUGUGGCCCACCUAGUGAAGCAUACUAGAAAUCAUCUAACUUUAACUCUUCCUCUCAAGAAUAAUAAAAUAAUGGUAACAGUAAAAACAGCAGCAUUAAAUUAGAACGCCUUGGUGUCUUCAUCCACCAUCACACAGGUAAUUCCACUUGGAACCCAGAUACUCUAGGCCAGUCUGGCAUUCUGCAUCAACCAGUAGUACUUCUCUUCUUGGUUGAUUGCUAAAUUUUUAUCACUGGAGUCAGGAAUAAAAACUAAAAUAAUUAUAUAAGACUUCUAACAUAUACUUGGAAAAUAUAAGCUUCCCUUUUUCUUAUUUAAAAAAUAAUAUCCCCUCCUUUUGCCCCUUUAAUACCAUUAAGGAACCAUGCAAUGAUAAGCAAAAAUAAGAAAUCAAGAAUCACCAUCUGGGUCUAAUUGUGGAACUAGUUUGGGGAAGACAUAGUCAUUUUUCCUUGAUCUGAAAUGUAAAAAAUUGAUAUGCAUCCUAAGUAGCCUAAUUUAUUAGAGAUACUAUAAUAAAUUUAAGCUCAGUUUUUUUUUUUUUUUCAACUAAGUUAUUUUCCAUUCUGUACCGUAUCUUAGAAAGACUUCCAUGGAGUUGUUGCCACUUUUGGUAAAUUAUUCCAUUUUUGAAAAUUAUUUAUUUUAAGCUUCAAGCAGUGUCUUUUAAUUCUAGUCCAUGAACUGGGCAUGCAAAUUCAUCUUUUAUCCGUAUUAUGUACGAUUUUAAAGGUCAAGCUCAUUUUUUAAUUUAAGAGCAAUUUUACAGACUCUUAAAGUCAGUCAUAUACUGGGCAUUGUAACAGACAAAUUAGGGGUCAUUGAAAAUAGGAGGUAGUAGCAGAGAACUUUUAUUCGUACCCAUCGUUUGUCAGCACCUUGCUAGCUAUCUUAUUUACAUUCUCAUUGAAAGCUAGCAGCCUGACUGAAACACUGAAAAUAUAUUGAUUUACCGGAGUAGAAGAAAACCCCAUGCUGUGAUUCUUUUUGUUAUUAGGAACUUUAUGAGUAGAACAUUCUAAGAAAUUAUGCAUUUGCAAAGAAAUAAGUGGCAAUGGUGCAAGGAACAAACUGGCAUGAGGUGGCAAUGGUGCAAGGAACAAACUGGCAUGAGGAUUUACUCAAAAUAACACCUUUGGGUGUGAACUGUGGAAUGACGUUGGAGCUGUUCCGACGUCCUGAGCCGUCAAACGUGAGGGCCAGUAGGCAGGCUGUUAGGAAGCCUCGCGGAACCAGAGGGACUUUGUUGUUGCCAUGUGUUUAAUACUCAGAGAUAAUUCCAUGUUCAAAUUCGAUAGGUGGUAAGCAUUUUUGUAUAGAAAGGAAUCAAACUUAAAAUACGAAUUUGUGAAACUGCCCCUCCUACGUGACCCUUAACUGUAGGGCACUGUCACCACCACGGGGUUCCUGCAAGUAGCUCUCUUAGCACCUUUGUUUGGGUUUACAUGCAAGUUUUUGGAAUUGCCUUGAGUCCGCCACCCGGUUGGGGCUACAAAAGUAGUAACAAAACACUGUCGAGAGGAGUUCAGUUGUGGUGCUGCCUACGGUGCACCGAAUCUGCUCUC